AUGGGUCAGUCUUUUCCUUUGUCCCUUUUAAAUGAAAUUGAAUUAAAAAGCGUGGGAGGACGUUGCAGAUGUCCGGGACGGACACGACUUCUUCUAAGGCUAGAAGACCACAGGAAUAUACCCGGGACCAGAGCAUGUCGUGAAAGAAGUACACUGGACGGGCGUGCUUCGACCCUGUCUCCGGGGAAGCCGAACCAAUCCCCCUCCUUCUUGGCGUCCUUACUUGCCUUAUCCAAAGCACUACGGACGAGGUGGGUACUAGUCAAAGCCUGUACAAAAGAGAACGGCAGUCAAGUCAAAGACGAAAAGAAAAGGAAACGAAAGAAAGAGUAG